ACUAGAAUAUAUCCAAUCCUUCUUUCCUUCCCUUCUUUCUUUCUUUCGUCUUUCCUUCCUUUUAUCUAAAUCCCGAUUCUCUCUCCUCCUCCUAUCCUUAUGUUUCGACCUACAUAUAUAUAGUUAGGAUUUAAUUUGGUGAAAUCUUACCCUAUCUCAUCACUUGAAUAAUGAAGUAAACGUGUCUAGUUUACUAAAUAAUCGGCAUCAAUCAAUAUAAAUUCAAAGCCCAACAUACCAAUCUAGAUCAUCAGAGGCAUUGCAUUUGAUCAUGUGGUUGUACAUCGGGGGAAAAAACCAAUCGGAAAAAAUUGAAAAAUGGGAUCCGGUAGCAAUAAUUCUGGCAGCGAAGUAGAUACAACCGACAUCAUCACCUUCUGCCUUUGAAACCACCAAGUUCCACCAUCGCAACCCAAAACCCCACCACUAUCUUGGAUUUGAAUAAUCUGUUUCCUGAGGAUUCAGACCAAGAUGAUUCAGACCAUGAGGAUAGUGAGUUGAAGGUGGAGAGUGAGGAGGAGGAAGAGGCUCAAUUCAAGAUAAUGGAGUGUCAGAAGGCGGCUCAGUUGGAGAGUUGGAAGAAGGUGGAUCAAAUCAAGUUUAUGGAGUUUAGUAAGAAGACGAAGGAAGCAGUUAAGUCAUAUCAAAUCAAGAUGGAGAGUGAGAAGAAGAAGAAGCUGCUGACGUUUGUAGCUUUGCACGGUCAGCACGUUGAGCUGGAUUCCAUCUGUGGCAUCGAGUGAGUCUUUUUUUAUCCGCAUGAUGCUCAAGAACGAAUGUUACGGCCGCCUGUUAAUUAUUCCUAUCCGCUGCAACACCCUUCAAAUGGUUCUUCGCUAUUGUAAAAAUCGUGCGAAGAUCAAGCUCCAGCAUUCUCUUUAUGAUGGCGAUGAUGAUGAUGACGACGAGAAUGAUGAAGACUUCGCCGCCCAACAGAAGAAGAAGCUCAAAAUAUUCAAUUCCAAAUUUCUCCAAUAUGAUGAUGAAGACCUCACUGCCCAACAAAAGAAGCAGCUCAAGAAAUUCGAUUCCAAAUUUCUCCAAGCCAUCUAUCAGUGUCCGGAUUACCACCUUCCUUUGGAUAUUUUAGAUGCUGCAGUAAGUCUGCAUAUCAAAAGCCUCUAUGAUCUGGUGAUUGACGAUGUUGCUGCUAUCUGCGAGCGUUUGUCUUCUAAACAAAUUCUCAAGAUCUUCAAAGUGGGCCGUCAUCAUUAUCAAGAGAAGUUCUGCAGUCUCAGAUGGUUCAGUUGGGCUUUUAAUAUAAAAUCGUUCUCGUAAUGUCGAUAACUAAAUAAGUUUGGACUGUUUCAUUUUAGAUCUUAGGUAUGUUGUUGCUACCUUAUGACUAGUACAAGCUUUAUUGUGUU